CGACAUUGAGAUAUCGCCCUACCCGAGCGACCAAGACAGCGACGGCGGACGCUUCAUUUCCAUUCCCUCCGACAUCUCGUCUAUGCCUACCGACAGCAUGACGGGCGCCACCGAGAUUAUCCCUCCAGCCCGGCGAAGGAGCCGCAGCUCGGAAAGGGACGCUGUGACCGACUCGCUUGUUUCCGAGGCCAUCAAGGACACCCUCAAGGCGCCCCGCGAGCAGCGAAGCCGGAGUCUGAGCAAAGAUCGCAUCACCCAGCGCGUAAUGGAGAAGCUGCAGCAGCAGGCCCUAGAAGGCAACUUGCCAAAGUCGUCAAGAGAACGCUCCUCCAAGUCAAGAGAAGCUUCGAGGCGGCGAGACGAUGACCUUUCCUCGCCGCGCAAGUCGCAUCGAAGGAGAAGCAAAGACAUUGAGCGCACGAGCGGCACCGAGUCUAGUGUGCUGUCGUCUAACCUUGACCGCCGCUCGGCCGUUUCGGGCACCUCUUCCAUCAACAACCCCAAACUACUGGCGACGGUUGAGGAUGCCAUUAAGCGCCUGAUUCUUCCUGAAUUGAAUGCACUCAAGGAGGAGAACCGCACGUCGCGGAACAUGGACAAGUUUGACCGCUCCACCCGUGACAGCGCAACCUUGUACGAGCCCAUGGAGUCUACUACCAGCUCCCGGGACCCGUCUAAGCGAAGAGUCUCUAAAUCAUCCAGUGCGCCCAAGCUGCACAGCAACAAGCCCAAGGUUGUUCUCAACAGAGACGGCGAUGAUCCGGGCACAACGCUCACCGGCGCAUCCAGCCGUAAGAGCGACCGGCGAUCUAGCCGAAGCUCUAUUUCUAGCUUCGCAGAAUCCGCCGUUAGAGAGGAGAAAUCUCACAGGAGAAAAAGCAGCCACAAAGAGGGCAUGUCGCAGCGGGAUAUGGCGCUGGCGGGGCUUGCUGGUGCGGGACUUACGGCGGCUGCUUUGAAGCAUCACACAUCUCGUGAGGAGAAGGAAGAAGAGCGCAAGCACAGGAAGCAUCGGUCCUCGCGCAGCAGCAGAAGUCGCUCUGAAAGCGUGUCUGAGAGCAUGCACGAAGAGCCAAUGCCCAAGGAACUUGUUCCGCCGCUGCCAUUCAACCAGAGUGAACUGCUAGGAGGAUCUGAGCUCACGCGAGACUCGAUUCUUUCAGCCGACACAGAGACAAAAGAGAGACCGCAAUCAAGGUCGUCUGCUAGCACCGGCGUCACGGGCACAGGCGCAGACACUCCUCUUCAGCAAGUUCCUCGCUAUAUUUCUCCAGCGCCCCUCACGCCCAAGCGCACUCCCAAUGCGUUCCAGCAGACGAUUGGUUCUGCCCAGAGCAAUCACUCUGCUGGUGACGCGCGGACGUCAACACCCAAGAGCGAACGCAGCUUCACUUCUCGAUCCAAAGGAGCCAGUGAUGCCGCGGCUGCUGCCAAAGCCCGUGCGAUUGAGCAGUCUGAGCCCCAAGCGUCGCAGUACGAAAUUGAGAGCGAGACCCAAUCCAGACGCGGCGUUAGUCCAAUCCAAAGCGAGGCCAGUUACCGUGGAGAUGCUCAGAACACUGGCUCUCCUCGUCGAUUCAACUCUAUUCGUAGCGGUCCGUCGGUGUCUUCGCUCGGCGACCAUUUCGAACGACGGCAGUCUGGCCUCUCUAUCGCAUCGUUGGACUCGACAGCAAGCACCAAAGCUGCGCGAACUCGUAAGCGGCCACAGGGCGUUACGCUCGAAAGCAAGAGAUCUGUACUGAAUGAGCCGAGUAUGCCGGAUGAAGCGAAGGAGUUCUUCUCACGCAACCACCAAAAGAAUGAGCAGUAUCGACGUGAACUGGAGGAUGACCCCCUGACACCACCACCGGUGAACUACAACCGGUUGACCAUGUACACGGACGACAGUGUUGAAGGGCCCUACCUUGACCGGGACCGGGAUCCCAAGGUGAAUCAGGACAUUCGCAAGGUUGGCUCAAUUCCCGAGUAUAUCCACACACCGCUCGCCGUGGAAUCUGCCGUGGCUUCGCUGCACGAUCAAACUGAAAUCAGUUUCCGUUCAUCCAUGGUAUCAAGCCCGCUGAAGAAGAGCGCCCUGUCCCAAGUCAGCAAUUACCCCGGCACUGUGCAGACCGAGGAAGUCCCUGCUGGCCAGAAAUGGGCCGCGAUUCGCGACAAGGCUGAAGCCCUGUCACAGGAGCGCAAAGUCGAAAACUCUCCGAAACAGAGCAUUCCUCGUGAAGAUUCUCCCAGGCAGAGCAUUGCCGAAUCCGAGGAUGCAGAAUCGAUUGACGAAGCACCGAGGAUGCAUCACAGCGCGUUCCCAGUCGGCCAAGACGAUAUGCCUGAGAUUGGAUACGGCAUGGAUGAUGACUCUGAUGUGACGACCAACCCCUCAAUCAUCCAAGGACCUAUAGGAGCAGCUGACAAGUAUCGUGACCGCACCGAUAAGUUACUUGGGCUGCAAGAUGAGCGAGAGCGUACGCCCACCUCGUUCUCCAAGGGUCAUCUUCAGAGACAGGAUCAGUCGAGCCCAGCGUCGUUUGAAGAUGAACGCCAGCCCACCGUAGAAGAUGACUAUGAUCAGCCCUAUCCAGGCCAGACCGGCUGGAAAGACGAGGGUUACCAGUCGGCUAACCAACGUGAAGGCUACACGCCUCAAAACCGCAAUCACUCCAAGGUUUACGAAGAUGAUGAUUACGGCGAUGAGUUUAGUGGCAUGGACCUUGGAGACCCAGACAUGUUCGCUGGCGGAAGCAAGCAUGACCGGCACGUCAGUGGCAACUCUCACGGCAUGAGCUCACCGCUCUACGAUGCGGCUACUGGCAAGGGCAUCGACCACAUCCAGUCCAAAGACAUUGUGGCGCUCAUGGAUCACCUGACCGUUCGCGAUGCCCAGCGCAAUGCCCGGGAUACUGAAAUUCUCGUGACGCUUGUGCGCAGCGCGGCCGAGAUGCGCACCCAGUUGGACGAUCUCAAGCAGUUCAUCAAGGUCCAAGACAACAUGAUUAUGAACACAACCGACAAGCGCGUCAAUCUCGCCGAGCAGAGAAUCCUGGGCGGACCUCGUCCUCAGCCACUUACGCCGCCUCGCGUCAACCGACACCAGACCGAGGAGGAAAUUGAGACCAAGAAGAAGAGUGUCUUUAGGCGUGCUCUCAAGGGCCUCAGCGCUGGCAAGGGCGACGGCGACAUCAAGCACAUUGAGGCGAUGCUGGUUCAAUUGCUUGGUGAAGUCGAGGGCCUGAAGCAGGUGAACCAGCUCUCCCUAGAUCAGCAAAACCACGCCCGGACAAAUAGCAUCAACUCGUACGAGAACCUGCGGGGCAGUGGUGAUGCAGGCUACGAGCCUGAAGGUCGCGCCAAUACUGCAUCCUCGCCAGACCAGUCGGGCUAUUUCUCCAAUCCUUCUUCGUCACGGCGCAUCCAAGAUCUGCACUCUGGUUACGACGUUGCACCAACGAACCGCAUCAGCACGGUGCGAGAGGAGAGCGAUGAGGAGUUUGAGGAACGAAGCCAGCGAAGCCAGCGCUUCGAGAACACGGAGCGAAUGACUACGCCUACUCAAGAGGCUUUCCAGGAGAAGCGCGCGUCUCUGGGAACCCCGCCACAGGCCUCGAGGGCAGCACGAGACUCGCCGAGCCAGGAGAACACACCGAAGCGCAAGCACAAGUCCAACUCUUCAUCCAUCUUUGGCAUUCCCAAGAUUUCGCGAUGGUCAAAGACGACGGCGUCUACCAACCCAGAGAGCGUGCCCCGCAACAGCGGAUCUGGAGACAAGCGACCUUACUCGGUUCAUUCGACUCACUCCAGGUCGUCGUCUCAAGAUGACUACUAUGACGAGGACGGACCGUACAACCAGCAUGGCGACGACAGGCUUCGCUCCAGCGCAUCUCUCGCCAGGGAAGAGCAGGGUUCUAUUCGCUCCCCCUCGCCACUCAUCCCAGAGGAGCACGCAUACGAGAUGGAAGAUCCCAAGUACCAGGCCCAUCGCAACUCGCUGAACCUGCAGCACCCCCAGCCACGGCCUGGUCCUACUGGCCGUCACCAGAACAACCUGGAGACGCAGGCGCAAAUCUUCCAGCCAAUGCGCUCGAGCAUCGCAUCUCCCGACUUUGACCAGUGGGGCAGCAUGCCAUCCCUUGCUCGCAACCGCCUCUCUGGCGUCUCGGCUCCUCAUACCAACAACCUUUCCCCCAUCUCAUCUGACAGCAGCUACGCGUCAGAGCACCAGGCUGGCCCACCACGCCCACCCAAGAUCCCAGAGGAUGGGCCGCUCAUGCCUCCACAGCAAACGCUUGCGGGUUACGGCCAGACGAGGCAAAUGUACAGCUCUCCAAACGAGUUUGGCAGUCAAGGUGCCUUGACGCCGCUUGCACCCAUUGCAGAGGUGCGUUAUUCGCUGGAGACUGAUAGGGGCCAUCGCAUCACGCCCACCGCCUCGCCGCGCCCGAGCACUCAGAGCCUCCGUAGCAGCAGUGAUAUGAGCACCCCACAGCGAAAGAUUACUGGUCCCAGGGCCAUGGGCAGCAGGAGCCCACUGCCAAGCAGCCCCCUGCAGCAUUCGGAUACCGUCAUCCGGAGGAAGCCUAUUGAUGCGGACGAAGAGUCUCUGGAGAGCUACCGCAGCAGUCUCGACUCGGAGAUUUUCUAGGCGAAUAAUCUGAACCCCGGCAUCUUACUAAACAGCAGCAGAUGCGCCGCUGUUAAAUGCUGGAUGAAAAAAAAUGUCAAGAAUGGAAACGCACACUUUUUAUGUUGCCCACGUGCGGGAACGAAGGCACGAAAACAGUCCAUGCUUCGGCAUGUGACUUUUGCUCAAGAAGACGGGAAGUAAUGGAAUGGGGGAGGAAGAACGAAGGUGGGGGGGAUGCAAAUCCCACACAAAAAAUGCUUUGCUUGGUUAUGUGGCCGUUCGUUCCUUCGUUCAUUUUAACAUAAUUUCGCAUGAUAUCAAGUUCAGCGAGCAUGGCGUCGACAGCAAGCGCGCGAUGGCAAGAGGGGUGAGAAAGGGGGGGG